AUCCCGUCAUUGACAUUUUGUUUGUGGUUGUGGCCAGCUGGCUCAAGCUUUUGGAAGUCAGCGUUAUCUUUUAGUUGUUUUUAAAGUUUCUUUCGUAUUGGUAAGAAGAGAGGGCGGUGCGUUGUCCUAGGUUUCGGCCGGACUAGCGUAUCGUCCGGUCUUCCAUAGCGCUAUUAAAACUACUAAUUAGGUAAUUGCGACUGUCGACAAGUCCAACCUUGCUGGUGUUGAGUAAUUAAUUAUACGAGAUGACCCGCGGAAACCAGAGAGAUUUGGCUCGCGCCAAGAACCAAAAAAAACAGCAAGAAAUGCAAAAGAAAAAGAAUGCCAGUGAAAAGUCUGGUAUGUCUUUACAAGAAAGGAAACAUAGGGAUGCUGAACUAAUGAGAGAAAAGCAACGAAAAAAAGAAGAACAAUUAGCAGCAAAAAUGAAUAACCAAAAACAAGCUGCAAAUUAACUAUGAUUAAAUAUGAAUGUUUCUUGACUGCUCCAUAUUAUGUAUGAUCACAUAAAGUUUUGAGCUUGUCAGUGGAAAGCUGAAAUUGUUUAUGUGAGAUAAGCAAUCCUAUAAAUUAGAAUAACAUUAAAAUCUUGUGUUAAACAGAGCCUAAUUUAAUUAUAAACCCAAAUAAAGAUGUUUAUGUUGAAUUAAGUUGGGAGUCUAGGAUUUGAAUGAGUAUGAUCUGAAGCGGUUGAAGUUGGAUCUGUGAUUCAUCACAGCUCCAAUGCAAAUUGGAAAUAGAUUUGUCACAAUAAGUCUUAGCAUUUAUGCAAAUCUUAAUGUUAAUUUUGACUGAGUAGGUUUGUAUGUAUACUCAACUACCCACUUUUGUACAAUAAAAUCUUAAAAGUACAA